UCCCGCCUGCCGCGUCGCCGCUGAGCGCAUGGGCCGCACCGCGCCGCGCCGCUCUGGGAGCCGGUCCCGGGGCCCCGCCGCCGCCGCCGCCGCUCGGUCUCUCCUCAGAGAGAGCAACUGGUCCCGCCAGCUGUAACACACGUGGCUGGGCAGACUUCCAGUCACUGCCUUCAUCCUCCAGCUCCUCUGCCAGAAAGGUGGUGCUGGCUCGCUGCCAGAACAGCAGCCGCCUUCUGUGCUGUCACAGCCUCCUGCCACCAGCUCUGCAGCCACUUACCUCAAUCCCUGCUACCUACUCCAUGGUCCAAUCCACCCACUUUGGAUGCACAGAUAGCUGUGAAGCUCCUCUGGCGUCUGCCCUGCCCCGGGCUUCCUUCAGCAGCUCCUCAGAGCGGUCCAGCAGCCACGGCCCUGGCUUUGCAAGCCUUAAUCGCAGAGACGGAGCUGGUGGCUGGUCUCCCCUUGUGUCAAAUAAAUACCAGUGGCUGCAGAUUGACCUUGGAGAAAGAAUGGAGGUCACAGCUGUGGCCACCCAGGGAGGAUACGGGAGCUCCGACUGGGUGACCAGCUACCUCCUGAUGUUCAGCGAUGGCGGAAGGAACUGGAAGCAAUAUCGACGAGAGGAAAGCAUCUGGCUACUUUAUUUAUUUAUUUUUGGCUGUGUUGGGUCCCCGGUUCGUGCGAGGGCCUUCUCCAGCUGCGGCAAGCGGGGGCCACUCUUCAUCGCGGUGCGGGGACCGCUCUUCAUCGCGGUGCGCGGGCCUCUCACUAUCGCGGCCCCUCCCGCCGCGGGGCACAGGCUCCAGACGCGCAGGCUCAGCAGCCGUGGCUCACGGGCCCAGCCGCUCCGCGGCAUGCGGGAUCCCCCCAGACCAGGGCUCAAACCCGCGUCCCCUGCAUCAGCAGGCAGACUCUCAACCACUGCGCCACCAGGGAAGCCCUCUUCUUUUUCAAUAUGGAAAAACCGGGACACAAAUGGGCUGAGAAAAUUGUCCAAGACCCUCCAUUUAGUGAUUGACGCAGCAGGACACAAAGUACAGUCAACAAAGGAAAAGGCAAGUGGACCAAAGUCUGGAGGGAACCAGAGGCAAGCUCCCUCGAGUCCUGUGCCAGUGGAACCACACAGGACACGCUCAUCUCAGCAGAGGCCAGGAGUAGAGAAGGGACACUGCCAGUUUGAACUAAAGGGGACAGAGAAAGCCAGGCAGAAUGAGGAAGGCUGUCAGAAUUCUUGGAUUCUACAGAAUGGGAGACUAGAGCAAUUUGGCUGUGAAUGUGUACUCCUCUUGACGAAAGGGAAGAAGGACCCCAAAGGUGAUUCCGAGGUCAUCGUGUCUGUCAAUCCCAUCACAGGCCCAGGGGGCCUCAGUUUCAAAGUGUGA